AUGUCUAUUGAGACAUUACCCGUAGAAUUAUUCCAUUGUAUUUUGGAUAAUCUUGACACAGAAACAAUCGUUUUCUCAGUUCGACAUGUAUGUCGAUUAUUUCGAUCGUUUGUUAAAACUUAUGAUCGAUAUAUUGUGAAUUUAAUUUCGAUUUCAAAACGAAAUUAUUAUCUUCUUUGUCGAUUAAUCAAUCCACAUCAUGUUAUAUCAUUGAAACUUGCAAACGAAGAACGAACAACAAAUCAAAUAGAUUUGUUUAUUUCACUUGUUCGUCUUCGUCAAUUUACUCGACUUCAUUCAAUAACUCUUCUUAAUAUUAAGGAAUAUCAAUUAAAUUUUAUUUUGAAACGAAUUAAUCUUAAUUUACUUACUUCAUUUUCGUUCAAUAUUAACAGAUACGAUGACAGACGUAUUAAAACAACAAAUAAAUACCUUAGAUCAAUCGUCUCUCAAUUGAAUUUUCGAAAAAUGGAAUUUAAUUUAAAUACUGAGAGAUUAUCGAAAUUUUCAUGGCCAUAUAAUUGUUCAAUUCAAUAUUUAGUUGUAAAUGAAAAUAUAACUAUGGAUAAUCUUUCGAUUAUAUUUCAAUGUUCUCCUCAUUUGCACAAAAUUAUUUUGAAACAGAAGCUUGAAGAAAAUAUCGUCACAAAUGUAUCAUUAAAAUCUACGCCUCAAAUAUAUUUUCCACAGUUGACAUCAUUAACUAUGGAGAAACUUCCUAUAACCAUCGCCAUAUUGGAAUCAUUUCUUUCAUUGACACCAUCACUUGUAUAUUUAAAACUCAUUGGUGAACAUUUUAUGUUUGAUGGAAAACGAUGGGAACAAUUUAUUGAAAUAAAUCUACUUAAUUUAGAUAAAUUUGAAUUUUAUCUUGAUUAUUGGAGUUUAGAGAAGAAAACUUCAGCAGAUCUUGAAUUAAUUAUUGCAUCUUUUCGAACUCCAUUUUGGAUUGAACACAAAAAAUGAUAUUCAAAUUUCUCUGAAGAAAUCAUUAAAUGGUUUGAUGAUAAUACUAUGAAUUCCACAUGUUGGAAAGAUUAUAAAAUGGUUUCUCUUAAUUUCAAUACUGAAUUAUAUGAUGCUAAACCAUUACCAAGCAAUAUUCAAAAGAAGCUUGAUGAUAUAGGGAAUGAUUUAUUAAAUCAUGCUGAACCAGGAAAAGUUUUACUUGAUGAAUCGAAAUUUCGUUUACAUUCAAUUGAUACAAAAAUUAAUAAUGAAAAUAAUUCAAUUCAACUUGUUCUUAAUUUAGGUUUAACUGAUUAUAAAUUAUUUAUUUGUAUUCAACAACAAGAUAUACCACAAGAAAUUCGUCAGUAUAUAACAGAAGAUCAUUUAGCACAUCCUCUUGGUGUUACAUGUAUUCUUAUAACAUCUGAUAAUUAUCUUGUUUCAAUUAAACGAAGUUCUACUUGUGCUGAUCUACCAAAUAUGUAUGAAUUAUCUGGUGAUCAUGCUGAACCAAAGAAUUUGAAAACAUAUACUAAUGAAAAUAUCGUUAAAGAAAUUAUCUCAUCAACUAUUGAUGAAUAUGUUAAUGAAACAAAUGUUGAUAGAAAUAGUCCUCUUAUUGCUUCUGAUUUUUAUAUUGUUGUUCUUAUGCGAAGUUGA